AUGGGCGCUGGCGGCGGGCAGGCCAUCUUCACGGCCGAGUGCUCCCACACGUUCCACUUCCACUGCAUCUCCGCGAGCGUCGCGCGCGGCAACCUCGUCUGCCCGCUCUGCAACGCGCGCUGGCGCGAGCUGCCGUCCGUGGUGCAGCCGCAGCCGGCGCCGGUGCCGCGCACGCUGCCGCAGCCACUGCCCAUGCACCGUGUGCAGCCACUGCCGACGAGGCAUGUGCCGCUGCAUGGUUGGCAGCCACAACACCAGUCCGAUGAGCCUCAAGUGUUCGACGACGACGAGCGGGUGGAACCGCCCUCCUCCGGCGACGGCGGCGGCGACCAGCGACAGGCGGCGGCGUCAUCCAGAUCCGGUGGGACGCUGGCUGUCACGACGCACACCGAGUACUCCGCCGUCGCGAGGGACUCGUCGCGCGACAACUUCGCCGUCCUCGUGCACGUCAAGGCUCCCGGGAUGACGACCGACGGCGAAGCGGCGGCUGGCGACGCGCCACGCGCGCCUCUCGACCUCGUGGCAGUGCUCGACGUGAGUGGUAGCAUGACCGGGGCGAAGCUGGCGCUCCUGAAGCAGGCCAUGGGAUUCGUCGUCGACAACCUGGGACCCCACGACCGCCUUAGCGUCGUGUCCUUCUCCGACGGGGCGCGCCGCGUGACCAGGCUCCUCCUGAUGUCGGGCGACGGGAAGGCCACGGCCAAGAGCGCCGUGGAAUCGCUCGUCGCGCGCGGCGGGACCAACAUCGCCGAGGGACUCCGGACGGCGGCCAAGGUGCUCGAGGAGCGCCGGCACAGGAACACCGUGUCCAGCGUCAUACUCCUCUCCGACGGCCAGGACACCUACACCGCGCCGCGCUGGUCGCGGGCCGCCGGCGCCGCGCCCAACUACGAGGCGCUCGUGCCGCCGUCCUUCAUGGCCACUGGCACCAGAGACUGGUCGGCGCCGGUUCACACGUUUGGGUUCGGCAACGACCACGAUGCGGCGGCUAUGCACGUCAUCACUGAGGCCACCGCCGGCACCUUCUCGUACAUCGAGAACGAGGCGGUGAUCCAGGACGCUUUCGCGCAGUGCAUCGGCGGCCUGCUCACCGUCGUGGUGCAGGAGGCGCGCGUCGCCAUCGCUGCCGGGCACCCCGGAGUUCGCAUCGGCUCGAUCAAGUCCGGGCGUUACGAGAGCCGCGUCGACGAGGACGGCCGCUCCGCCUCUGUCCGCGUCGGCGAGCUCUACGCGGACGAGGAGCGGCGCUUCCUGCUGUUCUUGUCUGUUCCAGCCGUGGAAGCAACGGACGGCGAGACUGCUUUGAUCAAGGUGAACUGCAGUUACCGGGACACGGCCGGUGGCGCUCACGUCGACGUGACGGCGGAGGACACGGUGGUGGCGAGACCGGAGCAAGUGGUGGACGCGGAACUCUCGACGGAGGUGGAGCGGGAGCGCGUCCGUGUGGAGGCGGCCGAGGACAUCGCUGCGGCGAGGGCGGCGGCGGAGCGGGGAGCGCACCAGGAGGCGGUAAGGAUACUCGAGAUCAGGCAACAAGCGGUGGCGCAGUCGGAGGCGGCGCUUGGCGGCGACGCCACGAUCCAGUCGCUGGGGGCGGAGCUGCACGAGAUGCGCCGGCUCGUUUCCAACGGGAAUAGCUACGCGCGGUCGGGGCGCGCCUUUAUGCUCGCUGGCAUGUCCAUGCACGCGUACCAACGGGCCAGCGCCAACAUGGUAAACAUGAACGGUCCGAUGAACAUGGCCGCGGAGGCGGCGUCGUUCGCGACGCCGGCCAUGCGAGCCAUGCUGCUGCGGUCGCGGAGGGCGCGAGAGGAAUCCUCGGUCGAGCAGCAGCCGCCGUCCAAGGCAGGAAAGGAAGCAGAAAGCUCUGCACUACCAGAACCAGAAGUAGUAAACCAGUAG